AGGCAGGCUCUCGCUCCGCCCAGCCCCGCUGGGCUCCUGCUUUUCCUGGGGGCUGCCGAGGCUUGUCCCAGCCCCGUCAGCGCGGCGUGAUCCAGCCCGUCUGCCCGCCGCGGCUGUCCAAGUUCGCCGCCCGAAGAGCCGAGAGGCGCCGCGCCACCGGGCCGAGCGGAGCGCGCCACCCCCGGCCGGCUGGGAGCGCGGCGGAGCCCCGCUCGGGGGGCGGCUGGGGGGCCGAGAGUCGGGCCGAGGCCCCGCCGGUGCUGCGCCCGUCCGCCGCCGCCGCCUGGCCGGAGCCGCGUGGCCGGGGGCGCCCUCGCCAGCCAUGCCUCCCCGCGCGCCGCCCGCCUUGCUGCUGCUCCUCUUGGCCGCCGCCGCCGCCGCCUCGGCCGAGCCCCGCACGCGAAGUUGCUCCGAAGUCAAGCGGCUCUACGUGGCCAAGGGCUUCAGCCAGACCGAGGCGCCCAGCCACGAGAUCAACGGUGAUCACUUGAAAGUCUGCACCCAAGGCUACACAUGCUGCUCUCAAGAAAUGGAAGAGAAAUACAGCCAGCAGAGCAAACACGACUUCAGAAAUGCUGUUGUUGAACUUAGCAAUAAUUUGCAAGCAACCUUCAACUCCAGAUACAAAAAGUUCGAUGAAUUCUUCAGAGAACUUCUCGAGAAUGCAGAGAAAUCCUUGAAUGACAUGUUUGUAAGGACUUAUGGCCUCCUGUACAUGCAGAACUCUGAAAUGUUUAAGGACCUCUUUGUAGAGCUGAAGAAAUACUACACGGAUGGGAAUGUCAACUUGGAGGAAAUGCUCAAUGAGUUCUGGGCCCGUCUCCUGGAGCGCAUGUUCCGCCUGGUCAACCCUCAGUACCAUUUCUCUGAUGAGUACCUGGAAUGUGUCAGCAAGUACACGGAGCAGCUGAAGCCAUUCGGGGAUGUUCCACGGAAGUUGAAACUGCAAGUGACACGAGCGUUUGUGGCAGCUCGCACCUUUGCACAAGGCCUGGCAGCAGCAAGAGAUAUUAUCGGCAGAGUAUCAGCAGUUAACCCUACACCUCAGGGAGUACGAGCAUUGUUGAAGAUGAUGUACUGUCCCUACUGCAGAGGCUUAGUUGCUGUGAAGCCGUGCUAUAACUACUGCUUUAACGUCAUGAGGGGCUGCUUGGCCAACCAAGGAGAACUGGACACAGAGUGGAACAAUUUCAUAGACUCUAUGCUGAUGGUGGCUGAGAGGCUGGAGGGACCCUUCAACAUAGAGUCAGUCAUGGACCCAAUUGAUGUGAAGAUCUCCGAUGCCAUCAUGAAUAUGCAAGAGAACAGCAUGCAAGUGUCUCAGAAGGUUUUCCAAGGAUGUGGGCAGCCCAAAAUGCUUGUGCAGAGUCGGGCAUCUCGCUCUAUCUCAGAAAGUAGCUUCAGCGCUCGUUUCAGACCCUACAACCCAGAGGAGCGACCAACAACAGCUGCUGGCACAAGUUUAGAUCGGCUGGUGACAGAUGUGAAGGAAAAACUAAAGCAAGCAAAGAAGUUCUGGUCCUCUCUUCCUAGCAACAUCUGUAAUGAUGAGAAGAUGGCAGCUGGCAAUGUCAAUGAAGAAGAGUGCUGGAAUGGAAGCGACAAAAGCAGGUACAUCUUUGCAGUGACGGCCAAUGGUCUAGCCAAUCAGGCAAACAACCCUGAAGUGGAAGUGGACACCUUGAAACCAGAUGUAAUGAUUCGCCAGCAAAUUAUGAUUCUUCGAAUCAUGACUAGCAAAAUGAAGAAUGCUUACAAUGGGAAUGAUGUGGACUUCAUUGAUAUCAGCGAUGACGCUAGUGGAGAAGGCAGUGGAAGUGGCUGCGAGUUACAGCAAUGUUCCCCAGAAUUUGUGUUCAAUGCAACAGAAGUAACACAGGAUACCAAGAAAAUGGACAAAGAACUGGACGCUUCUGCCACCAGCAUGGGCCUGUCAGAAGCUGUUAUGCUUCUUAGCAUAUUUUCGUUCCUGGCUGUGCAAAGACAGUGGAGAUAACCAUUCCCCCUUUUUUACAGUUGGAUGGGGGGGAAAUGACUUUUAUUAAAAAAAAAUAGGAAAAAAGGCACCUGGCUUCACUUUUAUACCAUCUAGUGACUUUGGGGGGAGGGGGGAAGGGUUGUUUGUAAGUUAACGGACAGCAGUGUACAGUUUUGGUUUUGCUAUGUUGCCAUUGGUUUUAAUAAGUUUUUCCUUCUCUCUCUCUCCCCCUCCCUUUGUCUCGAUUUUUGGGAAUGGGGGAGAAAAACAAACAGGUAUUGGACCUGUUAGUCUGAUUUGUUUACUGAGACGCCACAAUAAAUGUGGUUAACAGAGUGUAUAUACAGGCCUGUAGUUAGCAAUGCUUUCAAGUUUCUUCUUAAUGGUGUUUUUGUUUUUUAAAUCAAAUGCUUUCAAUCCUCUUCCCCAUUCCCCCUUUUAACUUUAUUUUAUCCUAUUUCAUACAAAAGAAACCCCAGAGUCCUAUUUUGGCAUGUAUUAAGGCUGCCUUUCUGGAAAAAAAAAUGAAAUUAUCUGUAUAGAAGCAAAAGGGUUUUUUUUUAAAAUUUAUCAUAUUUCAUGGGGAAAGAAACUGCCUAUCAAGCAACAGAAAGCGCUUUGUGUAGUGGAGUUCCCACAUGUAUCCAUUACGUUAGAUGCCUUAUCUUAAGAGAGAAAUUGAGCUAAUCUUCUGGGGGUUACCAACUUUUAGAACAAAAUGUGAAGGCUUGGCCUUAUAACCUUGUUCCCUGCUGUAGAAAGAAUUACCUCUCCCCCACCCCUCCCAUGCAAAUCAUUCAACUGCAUUUUUGGGAUGUUGGGUUAAAUAAGGGAGGGAAAUUCAUGCAAUUUUAGCUACUGGCUAAAAUUGCAACCCAUCCAAUUGGGUCUCUAGAGCAUACCCAGUAAUGGGUCUUUGACACAGGCCUAUUACUACAGCAUCCACGCUGUUACCUUCUUAUAAAUGUUCUCGCAAAAGAUGCAAGAGCCAGUCUGCCAGUCCUACCUGCAAGCUGGAAUAUUCUGUGUCAGUGUCUUGAAAUGGUCCUUGUUGUAGGAAUGGUUCACGCACCCAGUGAAGGGUGAAAAGGCCAGCCCUAGGCAUCAUGUUAGAGGUGGGAGGAUGUCAGGGAUAGACUUUGGGGGGACAAGAAAGGCAGUGAGAUUUCACCUGGAGGGAAAAUGACCCAACCACUUCUCUCUGACUCUCUGCUCCCUGCUGGAGCUCAGUCACAAUAAGUGGUAGGGGCUAAACUAAAUGUACAUAUUUUUAUUUGUAUUUUUAAAGGAAUUAAAUUACUUUAAAAGAAUGAUGGGUGUAAAUCUGCAAAAAGCCUAAAAAAUUAUUCCGGUUUUCCCUUUAAGCAGAUGUUAACAUCCAGUAGAGUUCCACCAGCUCCAAAAGCAGUUGACCGGAUAGAAAAAGAGAAUGACGGAGAGAUUUAUUACAAUCCAGCCUUGUAUUGUAAGGUUGUGUUGGGCUGUUUCUCCCCUAUUUUUAUACUGAAACAUUAAUUACUGAGUAGCUCAGGGUCAGAAAUUUUGUUCACAGACCAAAUUCCUGUAGAACUUUAUAUAAAUAUGAAAUAGGCUUGACUGAUACUACAAUAAACCAAUCCCAGACGCAUCA